AUUGCUUCAAAAUUCCCAGUACCCCCAUAUAUCUAUAUGGCCGAUUCGGAGGCCCCCAAUUUGGUCGAGUACAAGGUCGGCCGCAUGACCCUCCUGGGCAAAAUAGUCGAGCCCGAUGAGCGCAAGGGCCUGCUCUUUGUGCGCCGAUCCGCCGGUGAUAACCAGGUGCACAUCCACUGGAUGGACCGGCGAUCCGGGGCCGUUGAGUUGGACAUUCUUGCCACGCCGGGCGACCUUGAGUUCCGCCGCAUCGAUCAAUGCAAAACGGGUCGGGUAUAUGUCCUCAAGUACACACGAUCCACGCAGCGUUACUUCUUCUGGAUGCAAGAGCCGCAGGCGGAAAGGGAUGCGGACUUUUGCCAGCGGAUCAACGAACUUAUAGCCAGCGGCCCAAGGAAAUACGAUGAGAGUGCGGCGGCCGAAGGAGAUGUCGAUACGGAUGUGGAAGGGGAUCGAACCCAGCACCGUGGUUUCGGUGGCAGUGAGAAUCAUCCGGCUAUCGAGGAAGUGCGUCAAGUCCUAGAAGAAGAAGUUGCUCCUGCUCCCCUGGCAUUUCAAGAUCCCGAUGCGGAGAUAUUCGAUUAGGCAGCAGUUUUACCAAUUAUGAAACGCA